AUGGCUCCUCAAGUUCCUGGUCCUUCGUGUGCGCUGCGCCCUGGGCCUACCAAGGCUUCCGAGGGGGUUCGAUUCCCCGCACCGUUGGAGCUAAAUGGAGCGCUGGAUAGAUUUACCUUCGAAGACACGACACCAGCGAUCGGUCGCGAGUUCAUUAAUGUGAACAUUGCCGAUGAGAUCUUGCAUGCCCCGAACUCGGAUGAAUUGGUGCAGGAUCUUGCGAUCACAAUCUCCCAACGGGGUGUCGUCUUCUUCCGUGCCCAGAAUAACCUCACAGAUGACUUGCAGAAGCAGCUAGUCCAUCGAUUAGGCCAGUUGGCUGGCAAGCCGGCAGAUUCGACUUUACACAUCCACCCGGUGCUCAAUAACACCAAUGAGUUCGGUGUCGCCGACGCCCAGGUCAGCACCAUCAGCUCGCUCGCCCGCAAGAAGAUGUUUCGUCAUGAAAACCAGCCAGACAAGCGUCGUUAUGACUCGGCGCAAUGGCAUUCCGAUGUUCAAUUUGAGCCUGCCCCAGCCGACUAUACGUCCCUUCGGUUAACCCAAUUGCCCAAAACAGGUGGUGACACUCUCUGGGCGUCUGGGUACGACCUCUAUGAUCGAUUCUCUGCAGCAUAUCAGAAAUUCUUCGAGACGCUGACGGCCACGUAUGUCGGAUCUGGUUUCAUUUCCGCUGCCGAGGCAGAUCCGAAUAACGUCAAGAUAUACGCCGAACCAAGAGGAAGUCCCCUGAAUAUUGGCAAGGAGCUAUCCACAGUUCACCCUGUCGUGCGCACGAAUCCGGUAACGGGUUGGAAGAGUAUAUAUGCUGUUGGGCCGUUCCCCAAGAAAAUCAAUGAGCUUAGCUCUAAGGAGUCGGAUGAACUAUUGAAGAAAUUCUAUGACACCAUUCUCGAAAACCAUGACCUUCAAGUGCGAUUCAAGUGGAGGAACCAGAAUGAUAUCGCCAUUUGGGACAAUCGGUCCGCAUUCCAUACCGCCACUUUUGACUAUGAAGGACUUGGAGAGCGAUUUGGCCAUCGCGCGGUUAGUAUUGGAGAAAAGCCAUACUUGGAUCCAAAUAGUACAUCGAGAGGAGUGGCGCUGGCGGCUGAAGCUUCUUGA